CAUAUUAAUUAAAAGUUUUAUUGUUUAGUUUUUAUUAAAUUAAAUCUGCAUGAACGAUAGUGACGGAGAAUCUGCUACAGAAAUUACCAAACUAAUGUCAGGGUAUGUAGAACAAAAUGUGAGUCAAACAGGAGGAGAAAGAAAACGGAGAACUGCGCGUAAUCAUUCGGGUGAAAAUUCGCAGCAGUGUAAUGGUCCAUUGGAUACGGAGGUGACAUUUAGAGAUGGACAGCCAAAUUCUGUUGUAUCUUCUGUGAAUCAGAAUAAUGCAAGAGGUCCUAGUUGGGAUGAAGAGGAGGAAGAGGAAUUAAAAUAUGGAGCUAAACAUGUUAUAAAAUUAUUCAUUCCAGUAUCUCUUUGCAUGCUGGUGGUGGUGGCAACCAUUAGUUCAAUUAAUUUUUAUUCCCAUACCAAUACUUAUCUUAUAGAUGAUCCAAAACAGCAGAUUCUGAUGAUUCAUAUGAGCAUCUGCUGUUUUGGAUCAUCAUCUAUACUGGAUGAAAAAUCAAAGAGGAACUGUGUAAUUCAUGGAUGGCUAAUAAUUUCAUCUUUGAUGCUUCUAUUUUUAUUUGCAUACAUUUAUCUUGGUGAAUUGUUGAGAGCAUAUAACAUACCAAUGGAUUACAUAACAGUUGUAAUAAUUAUGUGGAAUUUUGGUGUAGUAGGAAUGAUAUGUAUCCAUUGGAAAGGACCUUUGCAUUUACAACAAGCAUAUCUUAUUUUGGUUUCUGCAUUAAUGGCUCUUGUUUUCAUUAAGUAUUUGCCUGAUUGGACAACAUGGGUGGUCUUAGGAGUAAUUUCUGUUUGGGAUUUAAUAGCUGUGCUGUGUCCAAUUGGACCUUUAAGAAUUUUAGUGGAAACAGCUCAAGAAAGGAAUGAACCUAUUUUUCCAGCUUUAAUAUAUUCUUCUGCAAUGACAUGGUGUGUAACAAUGGCUGGACCUGAUACUUCUCCUCAAGAACAAGAAACUGAAAACUUUGAAGAUUCAUCACAUCAGUUAGCUUCUAGCGAAACGCUUGGAGAUGAAGAGCUUCAGGAUGUAGUGAACGAACGUGUUAAUAAAGAAACAGAUAAUCAACCUGUUUUAUCAAACAGAACAGAAUCUAGAGUUCAGCAACCAAGCUCAAACCAUAGAAAUAAUCAGACUGCACCAACUGCAACAACACAACUUGAAGAUGAAGAAAGAGGAGUUAAACUUGGUUUAGGAGAUUUUAUAUUUUAUAGUGUUUUAGUAGGCAAAGCUUCAUCAUAUGGUGAUUGGAAUACAACUGUUGCAUGCUUUGUAGCCAUUCUUAUUGUUAAACAUUUUUAUUUGUACAAAACAAUGUGUACAAAGAGUCAAACAACAAUGGUGAGUAGCUGUAGUGUAGAAGUGUUUCCUACGAAAGCAGAAAUUGCUUAAAGUGCUCUCCAACGGCUUUACUAGGAAAAACAUUCAAGGUUGGGUAUUUUUACUACAUAAUUUCAGUCAGUGCAGUCUUAAAAGCUUAUUUUAACUGUUUGUUACAAUAGUGUCACUACCUUGUUGGUUUAUUUUCAUUGCUGUCUACUACAUAUUAAAGAAAAUGCAAUUCAUAUACAAUUUUUAAUAUAGGGUACUGAGCAAAGUUUGUUGAAUUACUGCUUGCAAACAUAUUCUUCAAUGACACCAUUAAGCAUUUGUUAAUAAGAUGAUUAGCAUUUAUAGUAUAUUUUAAGUGUAAUUAUUAUUUACUAUCACUGGUACAAAAAUCCAAGGCAAAUAUACAAUUAAAAGUUUGUGUAAUAGGAGAAACAUACUAAAGAAAAGCAUUUCUUAACGUCCUUUUAUAAAAUGUAAAAACACUAGACGUCAAGUAAUGUUACAAAACUAACAAUACAACUGUCUAUCAGCAUUAUGGAAAAGACAUAUUAUGCAAUUACUAGUACUAGUAGCAUUCUGUUCUCUGUGAAUGAUAUUGCCUGAAGAGGACAGUUAUAUAAUGUGAAAAAUACUUGCAUAAAUAAAUCUCUUCUGUAAGGCCACUAGACAGUUGUAUAGUUAAUUGUCUUCUUUUUCUUACAUCCUUGAAAAUGCCACCAAAUCAUAUAGUAUUUUUAAUUAAAUUAGGUAUUGAGGUUUUAGAUGGAUAAGAGCCUUAAAUUUGACCCUACCAUAUGUUGAGUUUCAAAGGAAUAUGAAGACACGCUUAUUUUAUUUUUUUGUUUUAGUAUUUUUUCUAUUAUACAGAACUUUUAAAAUGUUCUCAUUAAAACCAUGAGUUGAUAUUACAAAUAAAUUUUCAGUGUUUUAGUUUGUAAAGUACUAUUUUUAAUUGGUUGCUCUACAACGAUAUUUUUCUUAGAGCCGGGACCUAACGGGUACUUUACGCGGGUUCGCGUUUGUUAGUUGCCAGGCCUGGACUUUUAGCGUGCACCGAAAUAAAUUAAGGACAAAGUUAGUCACAAAAAAAUCUCAAUAAUAAAUGUUUAAUCAAGUUUAACCAAUACUAUGUACAAGAUUUAUAAACAAACAACAAAUUUAUUAAUCAAAAUCAAAUCACAAAUCAACCCGACAAACUUAAGUCUUAUUCUAACUUAGAACUAUUCCCCUUGGAAUUCCGACAAAACAAAAUCCAAUUCUUAACUUAGAUACAAAUUCUCUUAUAACUAUCAAUCCUAACCGUCACCUCAAUUAAUACUCGGAACCUUUUCUUCUACUCAAGACUUUCCUAUUUCCAAAUCACCAAAAUCGAACCUUCAAUCUCCUACUAGGAUUUCCUAUUCGACACCUAUUCACUGCUACCAGCAGACCAACGCUUUCCGUUCAGGAGCUCACCUCUUCUGUCUUCACUUGAGCUACUGUACUUAUAGUAUGAGGUGACGUCACAGUUCUACUGUAGCCACUCCCCUCAUUUACAUAUCUACACGUAACAUUGUUUUCUCUUCGUUAUCUGGUAGCUUAUUUCUCGACAGUACUUUGUUAACCUUUUACAGCAUUUCUUUAACAAUUAUCGGGAUGUUUUGUUAAGGUUACACAAGUUCCUAGAAAGCCUAUUGGGGUGUCUCCCCCUUCAGUGCGGACUUACAAUUCUGCCACUCGGGCGUGCACAUGAGUGCAAUGCUAGCUAUGGCGCUAUCGUUUCGUCGUCGGUGAGUUGGUUAAUCUUUUAUCUUCUCGUUUUGAACAUUAGGGUGGUGGGUGAGGAAACUUUCGUCCUAACCAAACAUAAGCCCCAAACAAAAAAUAUAAUAAAGCAAAGUAAAAGUAAACUAAAAAUAAAGCACGGACUUGGUUCCUUACAAGUUUAAUUAAGCUAGGUUCGUGCUGUCUUACAAACCACUAGAAAAGAAUGAAAUGAAGACUAAUCAAAGCAAAAUGUUCGCACCAUAGUACAUGAAAUAAAGUGUGUUAGAAAAUGAUCAGUCAAAAAUAUUUUAAAUACUAGGUGUGAAAAGAUGAUCGGUCAAAUCAAGAUUUGUCAAAAGUUGAGAAUUUUCUACUUCUAAUGAACUGGUAAAACAAUUGCCAAAAGGGCAGUUUGUAUGCCAAUGUGAACCUAGCUUUAAUUUGGGGAAAUUGGUUAGAGUUAUUCAGAUGAAACAGGAAUGAGUUAGAAUUUUUCCCAUAAAAAAUAAUGACAAAAUUUUCUGGUAUUCAAAUUAUUUUCAGGAAUAAUUAGGUUCAGAUAAUGAGAAUGGCUGUAUCUCUCAUUUUUCCAGUUUGGACUUUUUUGAUUAUAAUAAUAUAAAAUAAUAUAUAUUGCAAUAUAUUUUGUAUGAUGAUUACUUUGUAGUAACAGCAAGUUUAUAGAAUAUUUUCAAUAUGAUUGAAGAUAGCGUAAAAAUUUUGUAUAAGAAAUGCACAUGGCACGUGCUGAUGGUUAUUGUAAUCAGAACUGCAUUGUUUGCUGUAUUUAUUUCUAUGUCUUGAAACCGAAAUGUUUAUACGUUUACAUUUUAUAAUAAAAGAUGUGUAUUAUUUUCAAUUUUACAAUCAUUUACAAUAAUAUAAGUGUAGAAAUUCUUUCCUAGGGUUUUCUCUAGAAAACCCUAGAAAAAGAAACUAGCAGUAUUCUCUCAAUAUUAUUCUUGCAAUAGUAUGAUUUAAAUAAAAUAAUUUACACGAAUGCAUGAUUUAAAGUGGGAUAAUUUUGUGAUUUUGAAUUGCCUUCUAAUUGUUAGUUACCAUUAACUUCAGAUAAAUACAAGGUCUGUUCAAAAAGUAUCGGACCUUUGGUCGGCAAAAAUAAAUUUAUUGACUUUGAGGUACAAAACCC